GGAGGUGGUGCCUGGUCCCUGGCGGGCGGUGCGCGGAGUCUAGGCUUCCUGGCGUGCUGCGACUGGUGGCCGUGGUCUCGGUGCAUCCCUCCUGGGACCAGGUAUUUUGUCACAGGGACAAGACAGUAACCAAUACAGAAAAUUGACACCUAGGAGUGAGACUUUUGCUGUGAUAAAUUUGCUGUGGCUUGUAGGCCUUUGAAACUGGUUUGCAGGAGGAAUAUGGAUGGAGGCCAACCUGUCUGGCUUUAACAUUGAUGCUCCCCGCUGGGACCAAUGCACUUUCCUGGGUCGUGUGAAACACUUCUUUAACAUCACGGAUCCCCGCACUGUCUUCGUAUCAGAGCAGGAGCUGGACUUGGCCAAAGUGUUGGUGGAGAAGAGCAGGAUGGGGGUUGUGCCUCCUGGCACCCAACUGGAACAGCUGCUGUAUGCCAAGAAGCUGUAUGACUCAGCCUUCCACCCAGACACCGGGGAGAAGAUGAAUGUCAUUGGGCGCAUGUCCUUCCAGGUUCCCGGUGGCAUGAUCAUCACAGGCUUCAUGCUCCAGUUCUACAGGACGAUGCCGGCAGUGAUCUUCUGGCAAUGGGUAAACCAGUCCUUCAAUGCCUUGGUUAACUACACCAAUAGGAAUGCAGCUUUCCCCACAUCACUCAGGCAGAUGGCUCUCUCCUAUUUCACAGCCACUACCACUGCUGUGGCCACGGCCGUGGGCAUGAACAUGUGGACAAAGAAAGCUCCACCCUUGGUGGGCCGCUGGGUCCCCUUUGCCGCUGUGGCUGCAGCUAACUGUGUCAAUAUCCCAAUGAUGCGACAGCAGGAACUCAUCCAGGGCAUCUGUGUGAAGGACAGGAACCAGAAUGAGCUUGGCCGUUCUCAGAGAGCUGCAGCUGUGGGCAUCACUCAAGUGGUUAUUUCCCGGAUCACCAUGGCAGCCCCUGGCAUGAUCUUGUUACCAGUCAUCAUGGAAAGGCUGGAGAAGCUGCAUCUGAUGAAGAAAGUCAAAAUGCUGCAUGCUCCAUUGCAGGUCUUGUUGUCUGGGUGCUUCCUCCUCUUCAUGGUGCCAGUGGCAUGUGGGCUCUUCCCACAGGAAUGUGAAUUACCAGUUUCCUAUCUAGAACCAGAGCUCCAGGACACCAUCAAAGCCAAGUAUGGUGAACAUGUACCCUAUGUCUACUUCAACAAGGGUCUCUAAAUGCUCCAUGGCAUCAAGGACCAAUCUGUCCCCUGUAUGGACCAGUUCCUCCCUGGCUGUGCGAAACUGUCUCCACAUUCCUUUUUGCAACAAGGUCUAAAGGCUAGGUUGAAUAGAGUAGGCAGGUGGGGAGAUGACUCCAGUUUCUACAUGAGCACCUAGGUUAUUGGACUCCAGAGAACAAAAAUUAAAAGGGGGAAUGAAGUGACUGGGGAUAUAGCUCAGUUUGUACAGUGUUUACUUAGUAUGCACAAAGCCAUAGACAAAGCAUGGUUGGAUAUGGUUAUAAUCCUAGCAUUCUGGAAGUAGAGGCAGGAAGAUUAGAAGUUUUUUCUUUUUUGUUGUUUUUGAGACAGGAUCUCCCUGUAGCCCCAGCUACCCUGGAACUUGCUAUGUAGACCAGGCUGGCCUCAAUCUCCAAGUGCUGGAAGAUUAGAAAUUUAAGGUUAUCUUUGGGUACAUAGGAAGUUUGAGGCUAGCCCAAGCUAGAGAUUCCGUCUUAAAUGAGUGGGCAGGGAAAAAGGACCAAAGUCUUCUGUCUACUUUGUCCUUAGCCCGUUCCUCAAGACCAGAAGUGAGGCUAUCUCAGCAGAAGCCGCUGGUUAUCUAGGCAGAUACUUAAACUGGAGUAAUUAGGAAAUUUGUGAUUCUUUCCUAGUCAGGAUUAGGGAAAAACCCCUGGGACAAGAGCUCCAAGUCCUUUUUCUUCCUUUUGCCCUCCUCCCAGGUAAGGGACACUUUUACCUGUGCAAUUCUAUCCUGACUCAGGAAGGGAAAGGAGACCAGUCUGUGUCCCCUUGGGGCUCUUCUCUACUCUUCCUGGUUGUGCCCUGGGAAUAUUUAUAGACUCAUCAGGCACCUAGAGUUAUUCCUACUGAAAAAGGAAAAAUAACUGGACCAAUAAAUGCUUUCUUUAGUCCAUUAGGUCAAACAGCAGAGAGACUGAUAAUGUACUGAUAGGAAAGGGCAGUUGUAAUUGGACACCUCUGAGAGGAAAUCAACCAGGACCAAAGAGCUAAGAAUGUACACAGCAAAACGCUUCACCAGAGUUCUGUGGUGCUUCACCCUAAUGCCCUGACCAUGGAUGCUGAUUUUGUUUUGUCUUAAAUCAUGUCUGGAUCUGUUCUUGGGACCUUUCUGCUGUGGGAAGUCUCUUCUCUCAUUGCCGCCUAUCUAUGUUUUACAAAAUAAGUCCCUUUGCUGUGAGUAAAGGGAUAUGUGUAGCAUUUGCCACACAUUUUAAUGGGUAUGAUUUCCUGGCCUCCUCCCUUCCUCAGCCUAUUAGGUUAAAUGCGAGAAAGACCAGCAUGUACUGAUAGGAAAGGGAAGUUGUACUUGGACACCUCUGAGAGGGAAUCAGCCAGGAUCAAAGAACCUUAAGAAAACACCGCCAAACAGCCAUUUCAGGCUCCCUUAUCUGGGCAGCUGAGGUGGCCUCUGGAGCUCCCUGGGGGUCUGUUAUGGCCUACCUGGGGUCAGUGUAUAUAUGAGUUUUGCUUGAGGCAGGCAGGUGCAUCUCUGAGAGUUCAAAGCCAGCCUGGUCUACAUAGCGAGUUCCAGGCCAGCUGGGGCUGCAGGGACAAAAAGACCAAAAAGAUUUGCUGAUUCUGUUCAAAGGCUAUCACUGUGAACUGAAUAAAUGAUUUGAAAGAGCA